GAAUCGUACGGCAUCCCUACCUUCUCUCUUCCGCCUCCCCUCGUCUUCUCCUCCUCUCUCUUGCGCUUAGAGUCUCCGAUUCCUUCUUCUUCUCACUCGCCAAUGGACGCGAUUCGUUCGUACAAGCGAGGGCGAGUUCCAUGACAAGUCCACUCUUUCGCGGCUCAAUUACGGUUCGGAGCAUCAGUUGGUUCACGCUUAUCGUUGAUUGUUAAUCAAAGUCGUCCGCAUUUAAUACAUCCAACCUUCAGGCGUUAGGGUUUUCGGAGCUCGAUAAGUUGCGGGUUUUCUCGUAUGGGUAUGUGCGAAUUAGGGUUUUCUGAUUGGGGGUUUCUUAAAUUAUGUCGCCGCGAAGGAGUUUGGAGAUCCGGGUUUUGCUCACUAAUGGCAUAAACACGGUUGUUUUUGGGAAUUAGUAGGGUUAAUUGUAUUCCGUCUCUAAAUCUCGUGGAGAAGUCGUAGUUUUGGAUUGCUGAAGUGGUGAUGGGUGAGGAGAUAUCGGACACCAUGAACCUGGAUUUGAACCUUGGCCCCGGUCCCGAGUCAGGUCUGCAGACGGCACCGAACGAUGUGGUGAGUUUCACUGAUUGGAUAAAUGAAUCUUCCGAGAGAGCCUCCGCUGUGACGAGGAUCAGGACUAGGCAUCGUUCGAGAUUCAGACAACUGAAUCUUCCUAUCCUUGCCGAAAGCCAGAGCCUGUCCAUAGAACUGAACCAACUGCUGGGCAGCUCGCCAAAUGGAGCCUCCUUGCAGGCUGGCGAGGGUAGUAUCGCUGCUGAGGCAAGAGGCAACGAGGACACGAAAACGUGUGAGAAUGGGAAUGGAGGAGGGAUGGAGGACAAUGUGUCGGAGAAGAAAGGCGACGUUGAGAAGAGUAACGGCAACGAUGGAAGCUUUUUCGACUGUAAUAUAUGUUUGGACUUAGCAAAGGAACCGGUUGUCACCUGCUGUGGCCACCUUUUCUGCUGGUCUUGCCUUUACCAGUGGUUGCAAAUCUCAGACGCAAAGGAAUGCCCAGUUUGCAAAGGGGAGGUGACUCAAAAAGCCGUCACACCGAUUUAUGGCCGUGGAAACCAUAGACGAGAAUCCGAAGAGAAUUCAGAAACUAAGAUCCCUACGAGACCUCAUGCAAGACGAGUUGAGAGUUUGAGGCAGACCCUUCAAAGGUCACCUUUUACAAUACCCAUGGAAGAAAUGAUUAGACGUUUACAAAGCAGGUUCGACAGGUACUCUACCUCAAUCCCGGAUUUCAGUAACCGUGAAACGUCGGGAAGAUUUCACGAACGUGCCAGUUCGAUUCUUAACCGGUUUAUGACAUCUAGAGGAGUUAGAGGAGAACAGAACUCUGCUAAUGUUGCUACUACUGCUGUUGCUGCUGAUGUUGUAGCUGCACCAUUAGAUGAAAUUGAUCUCACCCCGAGCAUUGCCCCCGACCUUGAAGGGGAAACCCCGAGACUCCAUCCUUUACUAAUCAGGAGACAGUUACAGUCGCACAGAGUUGCGAGAAUCUCUCCCUUCUCUUCUUCUGCAUUCGGGCCAGUGGUCGAUGCAUAUGUGAGUAAUCAUCCUUUGGGAAGAACCCAAGAGCAGAACGCACCGGUUGUCGUCGAUGACAGAGAUUCUUUCUCGAGCAUUGCAGCUGUUAUAAACUCGGAGAGUCAGGUCGAUGCAGUGGAGAUCGAUUCUAUGGCCCUUUCUACGUCGUCUUCGAGAAGAAGAAACGAGAACACCUCGAGGGUUUCUGAUGUAGACAGUGUAGAUUCUCGUCCGCUGAGGAGGAGGAGGUUGACCUAGAAGACAGCGUUCAACUUCCAUGUAUCUGCAAUUCCCAUGAUCAAAGAUUGGUAAAACUUUUUCUUUUUCGUUUCUCUUACCGUUUUGGUGUUUCUGUGUUUUUACAAUGUAGGGAUGAUAUAUUGGGUGGAUAUGUAUCUGUAGAGUACCUGUUCCGAUCGAAUUUGGUCGAUCCAUGGAAUGGGUUGUCAAAUUGUGCUGUAACUGUUAUUUACCUUUUAAUAAAUGGAUUACGCCGUACAAACAA